AUGUUCCUGUCGUCGGUACCGGCGCGCGUCCUGAUGCGGAGGUCGCGCAGUCUGUCGCCGUGCCGCGCGCUGCAGACCGGCCACGGCGAGGCCUCCCGCUUCCGAAACCUCUCACACACACUCACUCACUCACACACACACUCAUUCACACACACACACACACUCAGUGUUAUAAUAAUAAGAUCCACACUCCCGCUCGCAGAUCCUGUGUUGAGUGUGAUUAUAAGGCGUUUAUCUGUGUGUGUGUGUGUGUGUGUGUCUGCAGCAGGAGCUCUUCUGGAUGCUGCCAGAUCCAGCCACACUGAGCAGCUGAGCAGGUUGUUGGCGCAGGGAGUUGAUCCGAACAGUCGACACCGUUUGGGCUGGACGCCUCUCAUGGUGGCCGCCAUGAACAGACAGCACAAUGUGGUGAAGGUGCUGCUGGAGGCCGGUGCCGAUCCAAACCUGGGCGAUGACUUCAACAGCGUGUAUGAAGCGGCUCGAGAGAAGGGCGUUCACUCAUUAGAGGUGCUGGUGAGCCGCGAGGACGAGUUCAGCAGUCGUCUCAGCAGCCGUGCUUCUUUCCGGGGCUGUUCUGCUCUGCAUUACGCUGCGCUGACCGACGACCUGCGGACCAUCCGGAUGCUGCUGGACGCAGGUGCCAACCCCUUACAGAAGAACGACCUGGGACACACGCCGCUGACGUACACCAAAGAGGGAGAGACGGCCACGCUGCUGAAAGAGGCCCAGGACACGUUUGCGGAGGCGCAGCAGAAGCAUGAGGCAGAGCAGAGGAGGAAGUUUCCUCUGGAGCGCAGACUGAAGGAGCACAUCAUUGGACAGGAAGGAGCCAUCAAUACAGUUGCAUCAGCCAUUAGGAGGAAGGAGAACGGCUGGUACGAUGAAGAGCAUCCCCUCGUCUUCCUCUUCCUGGGCUCGUCUGGAAUCGGUAAAACUGAGCUGGCCAAGCAAGUGGCACGAUACAUGCAUAAAGACAUUAAGAAGGGAUUCAUCCGGAUGGACAUGUCUGAAUUUCAGGAGAAACAUGAGGUGGCGAAGUUCAUCGGUUCUCCUCCAGGAUACGUGGGUCAUGAAGAAGGUGGUCAGCUGACCAAACUGCUCAAACAGUGUCCGAACGCCAUGGUUCUGUUCGACGAGGUGGAUAAAGCUCAUCCAGACGUGCUGACCAUCAUGUUACAGCUCUUUGACGAGGGUCGACUGACUGAUGGGAAGGGGAAGACGAUCGAGUGUAAAGAUGCCAUCUUCAUCAUGACGUCCAAUGCAGCUAGUGAUGAAAUUGCCCAGCAUGCAUUGCAGCUGAGACAGGAAGCUCAGGAGCAGAGCCGCCGGCGUCUGGCUGAGAAUCUGGACGACGUUCAGAAGAGCGAGAUCACCAUCUCCAACACCUUCAAAGAGCAUGUGAUCCGCCCCAUCCUGAAGGCUCAUUUCCGACGGGACGAGUUUCUGGGGAGGAUCAACGAGAUAAUUUACUUUCUUCCGUUCUGUCACACUGAACUCAUUCAGCUGGUCAGCAGAGAGCUCAACUACUGGGCCAAGAAGGCCAAGCAGAGGCACAACAUCACGCUGCUGUGGGAGCGUCCCGUGCUGGAGCUGCUGGCUGGAGGAUAUAACCUGCAUUACGGCGCGCGCUCCAUCAAACACGAGGUGCUGAUCAAUACCUGCUAAUCACUGAUCAAUACCAGCAGUCAGAGCUUCAGAAUCCUGAACGACGCUGAUUAUCAGAAAUGUUUCUUGAGCAGCAAAUCAGCACAUUAGAAGGAUUCCUCUCUGCUUUUUCUGAAUGCAUGUUAUUGACCUUAUAUUGUGAAUAUUUCAUUGCGCAUGUCAACAUGGUUCAUAAUGUUUAAUCUGAAAGUCAUAACUGGACAACAUUCUCCAAUCAUUUAGUCUCUCUGAGAGCCACGCCCACAUCU